AUGGCGACCAAGGCGGCUCUAAAACGGCUUACUCGGGAAUACCAAAGUAUUCAGAAGAACCCUCCACCAUUCAUUAUUGCCCAUCCAUCUGAAAGCAAUAUUCUUGAAUGGCACUAUAUCCUCACGGGUCCUCCGGGCACACCUUAUGAGAAUGGACAAUACUGGGGUACCCUCAUGUUUCCUCCUGAGUACCCGUUUGCGCCCCCCGCCAUUCGCAUGCACACUCCCAGUGGUCGAUUUCAGCCAUCUACUCGCCUCUGCCUGAGCAUCAGCGACUUCCACCCCAAAUCCUUCAAUCCUGCCUGGGAGGUUUCGACCAUCCUGAUUGGACUACUAUCCUUCAUGACUAGUGAAGAGAUGACUACCGGAAGUGUCAGCGCAUCGGAAGCAGAGCGUCGAGUGUUUGCCGUUCGAUCACGAUGGUGGAAUUCAACCGGGGGUGGUUCGCACCUUAACGCCACCCCGGGUGUGACUCGAACAGCCAAAGGAAUCAAUAACGUCAAAGCAGGAGAUGGAGGGUUGAAAUUCCGGACUGAGUGGCCCGAGUUGGAUCAGGAAAACUGGGCCUGGAUGAAAGAACAUCGCAUCGAUACCAACACCGGUCAGAUCCUCCCAGACCCCAACGCCCCGGCCAGAUGCUCCCCGGAAACUAGCGCAUUACGUCGACGACCAAACGGAAGUGCUCCAGGGAUCGGAGCGGUUGUCGAGGGAGGCCAAGUGGCUCGGGAAGCCGGUCAAGGAUGGGUACGACGAAACCGUCUUUGGAUCGGUUUAGCGGUGCUUUUUGGUUACGCAUUAAUCUCUAGACUCAUGAGUGACAUGCAGGGGUAA